AUGGAGGGGAGCUCUGCAACGAGUAAGAGGUGUGUAGCACACACUUCCACUACUAGCAAUAAAGACAGUGGCUAUAGGCAGAGCUCGGAGACUAUACCAGUUGAUCCUGAUGAAAUGGCAGAAGAGGAUUACAAAAUUCUGGUGGGCACACUGAGGGAGGUAGGAAACCCAUUGACCUUCUCUCACAGUGUGGCAACGUCAGGCCUUUCCCACGUACGGUUCCUUUCCUCUGGCAUUUCUGGUGUAAACUCCACUAUCGAUGAGGGUGGCGACGUUACACAAAACUCCCAGCGUAACACAGGCGCUGGAGUUUCCAAAGCACUGCAGAGGCUUUUGAGUAGUCAAAGUGCAUGCAACACACCACAAGACUGGGAGGAGCGUCGAGCCCACCGACGCAGGCGGCUCACAGCCGACAGAGACUUAAGGGAGAUGGUGGAGCAUGAGGUUGUAGGGGAUGAAGAGAAAGGCGAGCACACUGGAGAGGUGGCGGGCGAAGUAAACGCGAGAGCACCAGGUAAUCAAUAUUGUUAUCAGCGCAACGUAAGAGAGGAAGCCUGUUUUCUCCUUGAGCCGUCCCCACUGCAGGAAAUACAGGUUGUAGAUCAAGUUCAAUCUACGAUUGACAGUAAGACGCCAUUUAACGCUACAGUUCCUAUAGCGGGAAAGGACGAAUCUGAGAUGCAUACAGCGCUAAUGGGUAAUGUAUCCAGAACUUCACCACCAUCUCUCUCAGCCACUUCGGUGUACCAAACAGUGCCGUGUGUUUCCGAUCCAAGUACUACUAGUGAGGUGCCGCGACACCUACAACAUCACAUAAGCGGCCCCGUGACCCAUGACUCGUGUCGUGAUGAACUGCCCCCUACUGAAGGGCGUUGUGAUACUACGACUAAUGAUAAAGAAGAUGCUUCUUGCAAGUGCAAUGAAGAGGAUGCUUCAGCAGGGAAGCAGGAAGAGACAAGUAUUAGUUUGUUAAAUACUGCAAACGGUAUUAAGGAUGCUGAGGAAGUAGACGAGAUGAAGAAACUUAGAGUUCAUGACACACAAACACACCAAGGCGCUCCAGAUGUUUAUCGACCGCGUUCGUUUCGGCUUACGCAAGCAUCUGCAAGUGCAUCAACGUACAACGCUGGUAACGCAACGGCGAAGUCUGGACUCUCUCCUUCUUCUAUUGUUUCCGCGGUUUCUCAUGACACAGGUCUGAAAGGGCAAUCUGAGAACCUGGGCCGAAAAGGUCGCCUCUCACUUUCCAACCUCAAACAAAUUAAAGACGAAAAUUAUGCUGGAAAGAAAAGCAACGAGGAAGGUAAAGGGAGAUUGACCCAUGGGGGGGAAGACCCAUCAUCACCCCUUGCUGUUCCAAGAAUGACGCUUCGUCUUGGAGUUAGUGGUAACAACAUGCGGGAUUUAACUCAAACGGAGAACAAGCAAAAUAAGGAAGCCAAGGACAUUAUCCCAAAUAAUUUUUGCGUUCCACACUCUUCUGAUCUGCCUCCGCCUCGACACCGAACACUUUCUCUGGGUUUAAGUGCAAAUCCUGUUGUCGUGAAGGAAUCGGAUUCUUUAAACAUUGUGACUGAGCCAAAUAGCUUUUCUCCUGCUUUUAGUCCCCGUGAGACACCGGGGUCUCCGGGCACGGGAUUAGGAACAGGAGUGGUUUCAGCAACAGCUGACAUGACCUCCACGAAGGUGCCUGUUUCUUCGUCGGUCCAUUUACUGGCCCAUGCCGCAGUUAGUUCUCGAAAUCUUGUGCAAUUAGCUGUCCAACCUUAUCCUGCGGCUGAGUCUGCGCAUCCCGCUCAAGCUAGCGGAGUCCCCUCGCCAUCUUCACCAAUAUCCACAAUGCUGCGAAUGAUUACCCCUACACCUACUCCCACUGUUCAUCACAGCGCUACGGACACUCCGUGUCGAAGGCAUCGGGCCACACGAGUGCCGCUUCCCUCUGCUCCUCCUACGAUUGAUAUCAGCAUAGUCAAGCGUGUCCUUGAAGACCACUACCAACUGGAUCGAAAGAUAAGUGAAGGUGUUUAUGGGGUUGUCUACAUAGGCACUGACAAGCGCACCAAAGAUGUGGUGGCCCUGAAGAGGCUUAAGGUACUGCGCGGGUUGGAUGGGUUUCCAUACACCUCGCUGCGGGAGGUGAUUGCACUACAACACAUCAACCGGCAGCGUGCUCGACUCGCAAAGGAGGAGAUCCAGGGGGAGAGUAGUGGGCAGCUACUGGUGAAGUUAAACGACCGGCAGGAGGCUCACUAUGCUGGUGCCCGAGCUGAAAAGGAUCCACUCAAAGAGAUGAUCACGCUGCAGGAUGUGCUUAUAUCGCGGGAGGGAGCGCACGAUAUCUUUCUUGUCUUUAACUACGCUUCUAGUAGCGUGGCUGGGCUACUUGUGCGCCACUUUCCCUUCGUCUUACCCGAGAUUGCUUAUAUUUUUCGAAGCCUUGUGAUAGCCACCAAGAAGCUGCAUGCCAUGGGCAUUAUUCACCGAGAUAUCAAGUCAGACAACGUUCUUCUCAUGAAGGAUGGCGAGGUAAAGUUGACGGAUUUUGGUCUCUGCGCCUUUGAGGACUCAGGCAGAGCGGCACUGACGCCCAGCAUGAUUAACUUGUCCUAUCGUCCGCCGGAGAUGCUUCUCGGGAGUGUAGUUUACAAUACUAAGGUUGAUGUGUGGUCUAUCGGUUGCUUUCUUGCGCAGAUCUUUCUGCACCAUCCACCAUUCCACAAGCGCCGAAGCGCCGAUGAGCAGGAACGUGCUGCGCGUUAUAGCCGCAGCGCUGAGACGGAGUUGGAGCAGCUCGCUUUGAUUGCUGAAGUUCUCGGACCCAUCUCACAGGUAUCGUCAGACGUCUUUCCUGCAGAAACUUGUAGCCACCUCAAGCAUCUCCAGGAAAUAAAGAAACAGAUUGAGGUGGGUUUAGCCUACGGUACUUCUCCAAAGCUCUCUAGCAAUAGCGGCUCCUCCACCGCGCGGCUGGAGGCACUCUUUCAGCCUAGUUUUUUAUACUCGCAGUAUCGCGGAUUUCGUCGCUGGUUUAGUGCUGAGAUGGAUAACCGCCGAGUGCAGUACACUAGACGAUGGCAGAAUUCUUCUGUUACUACAUCGUCCUCUAUGCAUUCUCCGCAACCCCCGCUUCUGCUCCCUUCGUCGGCAUGCUUAGAUGUACUCUGUUCCAUAUUUCAGUACGACCCGAAGUGCCGACCCACGGCCACUCAGCUGUUGAGCAUGCCUUUUUUUGAGUUGUUAGAUGAUGGGGAUACGACCGGAUCAGGCUUUGUUGGAUCGCCGCAGAUCACUCCUUAUGUUGGCGGACUUUCUUCGUUGAGUAGCGGUUCCAUUGGCAGCAAAGCGAUGCGAAACGAGCGUGAACUGAAAGAAAGGUUGCAGCGGGUGCAGAGUGGCCUUGCAAAGAAGCUUCAAGGGUUUCUCGACAGCCACAUUAAGCCCAAAUCGUAA